GUUUCAAACCCUUGAUAAGACCCUUGUAUUUAUCCGGAUUGACCUAAACAACAAGAAAUUGCCAAUUGAGCACCGUUAUUGGAUCUUUUAAAAGAAAAUAGUAUAUUCGAAUUUAAUUAUAUAAAUUAGUCGAACUUUUUAUUACAAAUAUUGAUGAUUUAGCUUGUUUAUUAUGUGAACAACGAAUCGAUGAUAUAUCAGCAAUUAUUCUAAAUUGUUUAAAGAUUAAAUUGGAAUGUCGUGAAAAUUAUUAGUACUUGGUUUUACAAAUGAAAAAAUUGUAUUAGACAAGACUACAACAAAUUUAACUUAAAUGACUAUGUUUAAACAAGGCUAUUUUAAUUUGGUUGCACUAGAAUAGAUUUACUAUCUUUUCUAAACGUUAAUGAUGACGUGAUUGUAGAAAUUCAUGCAGAGUGAAAUUUUCUUUCUAAAAUCAGAUAACUCUGAGUUUUCUGUCAUCUAUGCCGCUUGCGGUUUGAACGAAGAAUAUCUGAAACAUCGUUUUUGAAGCAUGAAAACGGCUAAUAGUCAAUAUUAGAACAAUGCGACUCAUUUACUGUAGUUUUCAAGUAUCGUUCUGUUCAGUGACGUAGCCACAGGGGGUUUGUGGGGAUCGAUCCCCCUAAAAAAGAAAUUUUUCCUAUCAAUUUCUAAGGUCAUUGUUUUUUAAAUAUCAGAAAAGCAUUAUUUGAAUAUAUGAGUGAAUUGCAUUGGCAUUGUACCGUUGCUGUCUUAAAGCAAUUAUUAUGUUCAUUCAGAAGUAUGGUCUUAGCAUUGAGAAGCUUCGGGGUCAAGGAUACGAUGGUGCGAAUGUUGUUACUGGUAAAUUAGAUGAUGUUCAAAAAUUAAUAAGAGAUAUUGUGCCACGUGCUAUUUAUGUCCAUUGUGCAAAUCAUUCGUUCGACUUAGUUCUGGCCGAAGCUUGUACACUUCAGAUAAUCAAAACGUUUUUUGGAAUGGUCAAGGCUGUUAUUACACUUACUAAUGCUUCACCAAAAAGACAAACAAUGUUAGCUAAAGCUAUUGAAUCAACUAAUAAUGAAACGAAACGUCGACAUCUUAUUAAAUUAUGUGAAAAUCGAUGGGUCGAAAACAAACAUCAAUUACUGUAUUUAAACAAGUUUAUUUCGGUAUUAUUGUUGCUUUAG